AUGAAGAAAAUAAAAGCUCGGCAGCACUCAAUGGAUGAGUUGGUACGAUCCAUCUCAAAAUCGCAGACCGUCAUCGAUAAUUGGAUUUCUAAUGCCAUUGGAAAUAGAAAAUCCAAUCAUCAAAAGCAUGCUACUGUUUUACACCUUCCGAUUGUGUUGAAAACUCUACAACGAUUAAGAUCAACAGACAAGAGAGCCUUAUACUUUGCUCUCAUGAGUAAAAUCCAGUCUUCUCAGAUAAGGUGGAUCUCUCAAAGUGCGAAAGAGAUAGACACUGGCGAUAAGUUACCAGCGGAAUUUUACAAUGAGAUAUCUAAUAUGCUAUAUCGAAUAUCCCUGAGGUGUGGAGCGGAAGAGCUAAAUGCACUUUCCAAAUUUCUACUUCAGCUAUUGGCAAAUUAUGAAAGCGCGGUUCAACAGAGAGGAAUAUCGAAACAGAAUACUAAAUUUUACAGGAAUUGUUUACUACCACUUGCGAAAACUGAAUCUGUGUCACUUUUGUAUGAGGGACUGAGCCUUGUACCUCCCAGUUCGAGGAAUAUCAAACUAUUGAUAGAAAUGGCUUUCUUCUUUCACACUUCUCAAUUCACUAAACUACUAGCACAAUUAGAAUGCAAUCUUUUGAGAAGCAAUAGCUUUUCAUUAGAUCAAGAAGAGAUCGAUGUCUUUUUCCCACUUUUCUUCGACAUCAUGCACAAAUGUAUUCUUUUGGGGGACGAGCAUAUUUGCAUAAAACUACUAUCAAAAAUUACACAGGAUUGGAAUUUUGAAAUGGAUGAUCAUUAUGAAAGCUUGUUAAUCGAGAUCUGUGAGAGGAAUGCUGCCAAUGAGGUUAUCCAGGCAUUGAACGAGGACAAAUCCUUUGAUUCCUGUCCUGAGCGCAGGUGGAAAGUUAUUCAAUCUCAAUCAUCAUGGGAUGAGUUUAUGUCUUACGUGUGCCAUGUUGAUGUCAAUUUAUUUAAUGAGUAUCAAGACUUGGACUUUCUUCAGCAGAAGCUUUCGUCCGUUGGGCCAAGUUUGAAUGAUUGGAAGACAUUUUUGGACAACCACAAGAUCCCUGCCACUGCAAACCCUUCUGUGAAAGCUUUAAUUGUUAAUACCAUUCUUGUAACCCUUGUUGCAAACAAACCUCUGGAUUUCGUCAUGUCAAUAAUGGAACAUAUGUUAUAUGAGUUGAACUACUGUCAAUAUUUCGUCGAUACGGCCAUGCUGGCUGGACAAAGAAGCUAUUCGGGUUUUCAUUGCUUGUUCAAGGCUUUUUCCAACAGCCGUUCAUCUGUCCUCACUUCCUCCACUUUAUUCAAAUUUCUUGAGCAGAUGAAGGACUACCAUUUUACCACUAGCGACUACUAUUUCAUGAUGAAAUCAUGUCUCACUGGCGCAGGUCAUCAUUCGCUUUACUACUUUCUUUUCCAAUAUAUCAGCAGAAAAGGUUCUUCGCUUUACCAGAGCUCUAAUGGGAGCUUGACUUGGGCUUUACCGCCGCGUAUAGAACAGCUUUUGAAGUUAAGCAUAGCUGAACAAAAAGGAGACAAAAGAAUUCUAGAGAUAGUUGGAAGUGUUGGCAAUUGGUUCUUGGCCCAUCAUUCCGUCAUUGGUGGAAAUGAAAUUGACCAAAAUACGCUGAGACAGAUUUUCGGGGAUGAAUAUGUCUCUGAAGUAACAAUGAGAUCGCUGGUUGACCUUGAAAAGAAGUACACGUCCAAGGAAGUCGGUCAUAGUUAUAGGAGUGAUAAGCGGCACUAUUCUCCGUCGGCCGAUUUGCGCAUGAGCAGUAGGCUUCACCGCUUGCUGGAGUUUGCCGAAAAGCAGACGUCAAAAUAA